ACACGUUCAAGAAUAACUUCACAACAUUAAAACAACACGGGAUGGGUGUUGCUGUCAACCGAGGAAGGGUCUGGUGGUGAGAGCUGUUGGUGGGAUGCACACAAGGCUUGGCAGGAUCAUGUUUACCUGUCGCCUGCCUUGGUGGAGAUCCAGUGCUACCUGCCAGCCGCGGCAGGCGCGUCGCUUUCUGCCUCGCGCCCAGGAGAUCUGCCAGGGGCCGAGUCCUAAAGGAGUCAACACCACUGCGGGGCAAGGGCAACAGGUUGGCACGCAGGAGAAAAAAGUACUGGAAGAUCUGGAAAUGCCCUUUGUCAGGAGAGAAACCGAGACCCUCUUCCAAGAGCAGCCUGUGACUGGGAACCAGUAUUUGGAAGACGCUUUGCUUCGGAGUUACUUGAAAACGCACCUUCCUCCCAAGGUACUGCAGGAGGUGCAUCAGGAUCUGGAGAGAUUUGGGAACCGUUUGCUAACCAAGAUCCAACCUCUAGGCUGGGAAUGCGAGUUGAACCCCCCGGUGUUUCGGCAGUACGAUGCCUGGGGGCAGAGGGUGGAUCACAUCCUCACCUGCCCAGCCUGGAGGAGGAUGAAGGAGAUUGCAGCAGAAGAGGGGCUGAUUGCUGAGGCCUACGAGAGACGAUAUUCCAACUGGAGCCGUCUGCAUCAGGCUGUCAAACUCUACUUAUUUUCAAGCUGCUCUGGAGGUUUCAACUGUCCACUGGCCAUGACUGAUGGGGCAGCCAAAGUCAUUGAGUCUCUAGGUGUUCCUGGAUCUCUGAAAAAUGCUUUUGAGCACCUGACAUCCCGUGACCCCAAGAAGUUCUGGACCUCUGGGCAGUGGAUGACGGAGCGCAGGGGAGGCUCUGAUGUUGCUAAUGGAACCGAGACAGUGGCCAGGAGGCAGCCAGAUGGUUCAUACCAUCUCUAUGGCUUUAAAUGGUUUACAUCAGCUGCUGAUUCUGAUGUGACAUUAACCUUGGCCAGGGUAGCAGAUGCUGAAGGACGAGUGAAACAGGGUUCCAGUGGCCUGUCCCUGUUCUUCCUGAAGGUCCGAGAUGAGGAGGGGAAGCUGAACAGCAUCCAGGUGCAAAGGCUGAAGGACAAGCUGGGCACACGGCAGAUGGCAACAGCAGAGCUGUGGCUGGAUGGGGCUCAAGCAGAGCUGAUCUCUGCAGAGGGUCGUGGUGUGGCCUCCAUCUCCAACAUGCUGAACAUCACUCGGAUCCACAAUGUCAUUGGUGCAGUAGCUUCCAUGAGAAGGAUGAUCAGCCUGAGCAGGGAGUACGCCCGGAGGCGGGUUGCCUUUGGGAAGCUCCUCAAGGACCAUCCCCUGCACAUGCAGACCAUCGCCCGGAUGGAGGUGCAGACACGAGGGGCGUUUCUUCUGCUGAUGGAGAUCGUUCGUCUGCUUGGACUGGUAGAAACCAACAUGGCAAGUGAGGAACACCAGCUCCUCUUGAGACUGCUGGUACCAGUUGCCAAACUGUACACUGGGAAGCAGGCUUCUGCUGUUGUUGUUGAGGCAAUGGAGAGUUUUGGAGGACAAGGUUACAUGGAGGAUACAGGCUUGCCAGGCCUGGUCCGUGAUACUCUGGUGCUGUCCAUAUGGGAGGGCACAACAAACAUCCUGUCACUUGAUGUCCUGCGGUCCCUCACCAAGAGUCAGGGACAGGUGGUGGCUGUGUUCUCCUCCACAGUGCAGAAAAAGCUGGAGCUGGCUUCGGGCACUGGGAAACUGGAUCUCGCCGUGAAGCAAACGCGGGAUGCCCUGAGCGGCCUCACGCGGUUCCUGCAAGCAGCUGGUUCCAGGCAGGCACUGACCAUGGAGCUGGCAGCAAGAGACUUCUCCUACAGCCUAGCAAGGAUCUAUGCAGGAGCCCUUCUAAUUGAACAUGCAGCUCGGCCUGAUGCUUCCUCCACAGAUCUCUCUGCUGCUCAGAGGUGGUGCAACCAGGAGCUGUGCCCCGUGGCCGCCGAGUCACGGAACGGCAGCUACGAGGCAGAGGCAGCGCUGCUGGACCAGGGGCUGGUGUAUGAGGGCAGCCCUGUCCCCCCUGGCAGGCUGUGACCCACCCCAGCCCACGGGGGCCAACAGAAGGUGGGCUGCAAGCCAGCAUCAUCCUCCCAGCCUCACAUGCUUCAGACUCAGGUGCUGAAACGUUCUCACCGUGUUCUGGGCAAAGACAAAAGUGCCUGAAUCCAGGUAGCGACUCGAAGCAGCAGCUCUCUGGGUGCCAGCUGGGGUUCCUUUUAAAGAAAAGCCACCAAAACCAAACUGAGAAUGACUUGAAGCUGAUUAAAUACAGACAUUCACCAUUUUCCCUGUUCACCACCCUGCUCUGCAGUGCUACACACGCUCUCCCACCCUGGCACCCACCUGUGGUGGGAUGUUCUGCCAGGGCAGCCUCUUCUGCCCACCAUGGCUGCAGGUCCCCUCACAUCAUGAGCUGUGGGGCUGGGCAGUGACCCCCCAGCCCAGCAGCUGAUCUUGGCAACCCACUGGGUAAAACAAAGACUUUUUAACACAGCUUUCCAUGCUCCUCACCAAGGCUGCUGUUACAUGAGGGAGUCCCAGGUGCUGCUUAGUCUGGCUCGUGCUUCUGAUGCUCCCUUUUACAGAAUUACAGAAUGGGGGGGUUAGAAGGGACCUCUGGAGAUCAUCUAGUCCAACCCCCUGCUAGAGCAGGAUCCCCUAGAGCAGAUCCCACAGGAACACCUCCAGGCAAGUUUGGAAUGUCUCCAGGACAUUCUCCACAACCUCCCUGGGCAGCCUGUCCCAGAGCUUUUACCCUCAGAGGAAAGAAGUAUUUUCUUAUAUUUAGGUUAAACCUCCUGUUUUGUCUCAAACAAGCUUUGUUUUUACUUUAAAUUAAGGCUCUACCUUCACAUGUCUUGUUGGGCACCUCAGCCCUGCUAAAGCUGCUGACUGAGCUCCACAGUCACCCAGGAUGGGUGAAAAAAACCUCAACCUGCUGCACUUCUAAGAUCAUAGAAUUAUGGAAUGGUUUGGGUUGGAAAGGACCUUAAAGAUCAUCAGGUCCCAACCCCCUGCCAUGGGCAGGGACACCUCCCACCAGACCAGGCUGCACAAGCCCCAUCCAACCUGCCCUUGGACACCUCCAAUGAGGGGGCAGCCACAGCUUCCCUGGGCAACCUGUUCCAUUGCCCUGGGACACAGCACUUUGCUGUUUGCAGCUCCAGAAAUGGCCAGUGUCAACAGCAGCACUGCUGUGCAAAGCUGAGGGAGAAGGUAAUUUCAAUUACAUCACAUCUUAACAAAUUGGUACCAAAAUUAAAGAAUAAAUCCAUUUUCUUACUUUUUUUAA